AGAAUUUAUGAGCAUUUAAAAUCAAUAACUUUAAAGAUUAAUCAACAAUACAUAUAUAACAAAAAAGAGAGUAUCAGCUGGAUCAUUUGGGGUAGUUUAUUGUGGAUAGGAUAUAAAUACAAGAGCUGUAGUAGCAAUUAAAAUUGAUAAAGGCAAUAAGGAUGAUACAAGUUUAGAAAGAGAAGUAAUUAUGACAUUACAAAUAUUAAGGCAGAAAUACUUAAGAGAUUGUAAAAAAUACCCUAAAUUCCAAAAUUAUUAUGGGCAGGUAAGGAUGGCGAUUCAAAUGUUUUAGUUAUUUAAUAUUUAGGCAGAGACCUUACACAUUUCAUGAAAACCUUUAGAAAGUUUUCUUUGAAAUGUGUAUUGAAUAUUGCCGAACAAAUGAUAAAUAUUAUAGAGAAUAUACAUAAGAAGUAAUACCAUAUUAGCAUUAUUUUUAGUAAAGUUUUACACAGAGACAUCAAACCAGAAAAUGUGCUUGUUGGCAAAGAUGAUGAAGAAAAUUUACUUUAUAUUGUAGAUUUCGGAAUAAGCAAAUUCUUCAAGGAUGAAAAUGAUUCUCACAUGUAAAUCUUUUAAUUUUAUAUAGUUCAUUUCGAGAAAACUAACCAUUUAUUGGAACUACUAGAUAUGCUAGCAUCAAUGCACAUAAAGGAUUCUCAUUAAGUAGAAGAGAUGAUUUAGAAUCUUUAGGUUACAUGCUCAUAUUUUUAUUAAAGGGUAUGAAUUAAAUCAAUUUAACUUAGGAUAAUUACCUUGGUAAAACUUAUAAUUUGUAGAUGAAGAAGAUAAAAUGAGAUAAGUUGGUUAAAUGAAAAUGAAAAUAGAUAUGAAUGAAUUAUGCAAAGGAAUUCCUAUUGAAUUUGGAAGAUUUUUAGAUUAUAUAAAAGGUUUGCCUUUCAAACAAGAACCAAAUUAUAAAUACUGCUAAAAUUUAUUUAAGAAAUUAUAAUAGGAACAUAAUUACUAAUAGAAAGAUCUUAUCUUUGAUUGGGAUAUAGGGCAAAAAUCAGAUAAAUAGGAUGAUAAAAAAAAAUAAACUAUUGAAGGGCAUAUGCCAAGCAGUUCCAAUAAUAGUAAUUUAGUUAAUAACAAACCAUCUUUGUAUUAUAUUUUAUUUAUUUAAGAUUUAAAAAAUCAAAAGAUGAUAUAUCGUCCAAUUAUAUUGGUGGAUCAUUACUAAAUUAUUCUCAAGAAUAACUAGAAAUGAAUUCUUUACUUAAAACUCCAGAAUAAAGAAAAUCUCUUUUGGCUGCUGAUAUUAAUAGGAGAAAAAAUAGAAUGUAAUCUGUUAGUAGUUACAAUGAUUCCCAUUCAGAAAUGGAUUUUAAUAAUGGGAGUGUUAUGUUAGGAAUUUAACCAAGUAUGUUAAGUAGGUUAAGCAAAAUUUCAUUCAAUUCAAAUUCAAGAGUUAAAGAUAGUAAAUAAAAUUUAAGUUUAACUCCUGAAUAAAAAAGGUCGAAUUUACCUGAAAAAAAGUUAUCUAUGAUCCCUAAUUCAUAUAUAUAGUAAAUAACAGGAUAGAAAUAAAAGACAUUAAUUAGGAAUUCAAACUCUUAAUAAAAAUUAUCAUUUAAAAAAGAAGAAGAAACUAUAAAAGAGUUUUCAAAAAUGAAUGAAACAGAUGAGGGAAUUGAACGUAAAUAUAUGCUUUUAAAAUAAGCAUCUGUACAUGCGUAUGUAAAUUAUACUUACCAUAUUGUAGUCGCUUCAAAAAAUCUAUAAAUUGA